GCACCUCGGUGUGUUUAUGUUCGGCUGGUGGAGUGCGAGCAGCUGAUGCGACCUGCGGAGGCUCUUCACCGAGCAGCGGGGGCAACAUGGCAGCGUUCGUGUGAGUCCGCGGACACAUGGGUCCUGGAGGAGGCCGCGCGCACUGCGACCCAGCGGAGCUCACCAUGGAUUAGACGGAGCCCCGCAGGUUUCUGACCCGACAGCAGCAGCUGGGACAGGGGACACUCCGGUGCUACUGACGUUAGCUAGCGGCUAAAGCAACUUAGCUACUUAGGCGUUUUUGAAUCAGCUGUGCGGCGGCGACAGCUGUUGUUGUUGUUGUUGUUGUGCAGCGUUGGCGUUAGCUGUCGGUGGCUGCUGCUAGCGAAUGUGUAGCUAUAGCUAUUGCCUCCCAGUGGUGGAAAAAGUGUUCAAAUCGUUUAACGAUUCCUUCAGCAGUUUGAGAUCCUCAAGGGACCGUCCAGGCAACAUGGCUCCUAAAGACAUUAUGACCAAUUCCCACGCCAAGUCCAUCCUCAAUGCAAUGAACUCACUUCGCAAGAGCAACACACUCUGCGAUAUCACUUUGAGAGUGGAGAACGCAGAUUUUCCAGCUCACCGCAUUGUCUUGGCUGCCUGCAGUGACUACUUCUGUGCUAUGUUCACCAGUGAGAUCUCUGUUGUUGUGGCUCUGCAGCUCGCAGAGAAGGGGAAAUCUUUCGUCGACAUCCAAGGACUCACUGCUUCCACUAUGGAGAUCCUCUUGGACUUUGUCUACACGGAGACGGUGCUGGUCACAGUGGAGAACGUACAAGAGCUGCUCCCAGCAGCGUGUCUGCUGCAGCUGAAAGGGGUGAAAAGAGCGUGUUGUGAUUUUUUGGAGAGUCAGCUGGAUCCUACCAACUGUCUGGGUAUUCGUGACUUUGCCGAAACCCACAAUUGCCUUGAACUGAUGCAGGCCGCUGAGCUUUUCUCCCAAAAGCAUUUCUCUGAGGUGGUGCAGCAUGAGGAGUACAUGCUGCUCGGCCAGACCGAAGUGGAAAAGCUCAUAAAAUGUGACGAGAUUCAGGUGGACUCGGAGGAGCCGGUGUUUGAAGCCGUGCUGAACUGGGUCAAACACAACAGAAAAGAGCGAGAGCCGUGCCUGUCAGACAUGCUUGAGUUUGUCCGACUGCCGCUGCUGACCCCGCGGUACCUCACAGAUGUCAUCGAUGCCGAGCCCCUGAUUCGAUGUAGCCUGCCGUGUCGAGACCUUGUGGAUGAGGCCAAGAAAUUCCACUUGCGACCGGAGCUGAGGAGUGAAAUGCAAGGCCCACGCACACAAGCCAGAUUAGGUGCCAAAGAAGUCCUGUUGGUUAUUGGAGGGUUUGGCAGCCAACAAUCACCGAUAGACGUAGUUGAGAAAUAUGAUCCAAAAACACAAGAAUGGAGCUUCCUUCCUAACAUUGCACGGAAACGGCGUUACGUUGCCACAGUGUCUCUCCACGAUCGGGUUUAUGUGAUCGGAGGCUACGACGGCCGGUCGAGGCUCAGCUCCGUGGAGUGUCUGGACUACACAGCGGACGAGGACGGGGUUUGGUACACCGUCGCCACCAUGAAUGUACGGCGUGGCCUCGCAGGGGCCACAACACUUGGAGACAUGAUCUAUGUUGCUGGAGGUUUCGAUGGAAGCCGGCGUCAUACCAGCAUGGAGCGAUAUGACCCAAACAUUGACCAGUGGAGCAUGCUGGGAGAUAUGCAGACAGCGAGAGAAGGAGCUGGUCUGGUGGUGGCCAUUGGACUUAUAUACUGUUUAGGUGGAUACGAUGGACUGAAUAUCCUGAAUUCAGUGGAGCGCUACGACCCACACACUGGCCACUGGACAAGCGUCACACCCAUGGCCACCAAGAGGUCAGGGGCUGGUGUGGCGUUACUCAACGACCACAUCUACGUGGUGGGAGGCUUCGAUGGCGUUUCGCACCUUGACUCCGUUGAGGUCUACAACAUCAGAACAGACUAUUGGACCACUGUAGCCAGCAUGACAACCCCUCGGUGCUACGUAGGAGCCACUGUACUGCGAGGACGUCUCUAUGCCAUUGCUGGAUACGAUGGGAACUCACUUCUCAGCAGCAUCGAAUGUUACGACCCGGUUGUCGACUCCUGGGAAGUCGUCACCUCGAUGGCGACGCAGCGGUGCGACGCCGGCGUCUGUGUUCUACGGGAAAAAUGAUCUUCACUAAGGACAAGAGCCACAAGAGGAAAAUCCGGCAGGAGGACGCGCAGCUAGACUUUGCUAAAAUCCCACUAGAACAGAGCUGCAAAGGGAGACGCUUGUUCGCCAGUAAACUCUAAAAGAAGCGCCACAGUUCGGGCCGCCGCCGCCUCUACUGAAAAGUUAUCUCUUCACCAGUUCGGACCGUGCAACAGAGAUUCACCUUCGCCGUGGUCGUGUUCACCUGAAAAGAGGCCCCCGAGGAGCCCAUCGCCACUUGCAUGACACUCAUCGGUGGUUCUUGUUGCUGUCUUUACCAGUGAGAUUAUUUUUUCAGUUUGUCUUCAAAGUGCAAUAUAUUUCUACUCAUCACGAGAAGUUGGAGCACAGUUCGACCUCCAGCUGCUGCUAUAUGCCUUACGACUUUGGCCUACAUCAAACCGUGAACAUUCGUGUUGCCUCACGUUAGACUUCCGCGAUCGGCUCAUCAUCACGUGUGCUCAAGGUCAUUAAUGGGUCACUAAUCCUUUUUGUAAUUCUACCUGUAAAACAGUGCUUUUAGAUUCCAAUCACUUUAUUACGAAAAGGUUUAUUACUUAUUGUCGCUCUCAGAAUAUAUAUUUAGAGAUGAAUAUUGUUUUAGAAAAUGACUGAGUUGUACCAGUUGAUUUAUUUUGUCGCUUUGUUUGGCAAAACUGAGAAAUCACAGUAUGAAGUGCAUGUGAUUUGUGUUCUUUUUUUUUUACUCAGCUUAUGAGCUCGGACAGGUCCAUGUAGUCUUGACAUCACUGUUACCUGGAAAGUGAAUAAACCACGACUGAGAACCAAA